AUGCCAUCUACGAUACCCUUCUCGAAAGACCCGCAAGUGGCACACUGCGUCGUCGGGACUUCGUGGACGCUGCAAAGCAGUUCAACUGUCAUGCACGCACUGUUUCGCGCGUGUUGUAUCGAAGAGAUCGAAGAAAUCAUUCGACAAGUGCCGCACCACGACCGCCAAACCUUGCGCUCUUUGGCCAAAAAGUCGGGCAUCGCCAAGACAACAAUCGUGCGACACAUGAAGGAUAAUCCGCGUUUGAAGGCUCGCUCAAGUUACGUCAAGCCAUUUCUGACCCCGACGAACAUUGAAGCCCGCCUACGUUUUGCAAUGGGGUUCGUUCGACCCUUGCCAAAUGGAACCUUUUCUUUUAUCAGCAUGGACAAUUAUGUCCAUGUUGAUGAGAAAUGGUUCUAUUUGACAAAGGUGAAUCGAAGGUAUUACGUGUACGAUGAUGAAGAAGUGGCGGCGCGAACUGUCAAGUCGAAGCACUUCAUCACCAAGGUCAUGUUUUUGGCGGCAGUUGCCCGCCCACGUUUUGACCCUCACACGAGGCGCGUUUUUGAUGGCAAGAUUGGCGUGUGGCCGUUCGUGGAGGUCGUGGCGGCGAAGCGAAGAAGCGUCAAUCGCGACUAG